AUGAACGCCUUCCUUGUUGCUAGCAAGUUUCCGCAAUCUAUUUAUGCAGUAGAAAACAUGGACCUUGUCUUGCAAUACGAUUUGUACAACAUCGGUGAAAAAACUGCUCUGAAGGUGAAUCUUGAUGAUCGUCACUCCUUUCCCACGCAAUCAUUCGAGAUAGUCAGAGGUCUUUUCAACGUCCGAUUUGAACGAAUCAGCCCAGGAACAAACACUACACAUUUAGUAGUCGUUAGGCCCCGUCAAUUUGGGAUUUUUAAUUACACUUCAGCUCAAAUAUCAUACAUAUCGGAGGGGAGCAUGGAAAUACGUGUUGGAUAUACGAAUGCCCCAGGCGAAGGUUACAUUUACCGUUUGAAGGAAUACGAACGGAAGUUUGCUCCCAAAUAUAUCUACUGGAUAGUAUUCUUCAUUCUUAUAGCUCCUACAACUCUGGGAUCUCUGCUCGCUUAUUCUAAGAGUAAAACUAAGUACGAGGGACUCGCCAAGAAAAAGCCCUAA